AUGGCGAAGCGUGAGCUGGAGCAGCCGAGCUGUUCCAGCGCCUCAACAGCUGGACGCAAUCCUUUGGGCGCCAGUAGCGCUAAACGCGCUCGAUUCUCUAUCGAUACACUUCUGGAUGCUCGGCCGAGUUCUCCGGAUAGUUCGGAUGUCAGUCCAUGCCCUUCGCCUGAAUUUGCUAGAACUUCAGUAACUUCAACUAAGAUGGGAACAACGACGAACGUCAGUAGGGACUCCGCUAAAGUAGCACAAAAUCCUUCAAAAGGAGACCUACUGGAUGGGAUCGAGUGCCGACUAGAAGGAGCUGAACUUUGGGAGAAAUUCUACGAGCUUGGCACAGAGAUGAUUAUUACCAAAAGUGGACGGUGA